AAAAACCAAAAAAAAAAGUUGGUGAAAAAAAUUAAAAACCUCUGUAGAUAAAAAAAAAAGGAAGCAGAAUCAUUCAUAAUUAUGGAUCUCCUUUUCUCUGUUUCUGAUUAGCUUAGAGGAGUUUGAUCCUCUUCUCUCUCUAUAUCCAUUUUCUCUCUAUAUCCAUUUUCUCUCUCUAGAAAAUUCUUCAAUUUCCCGCGUUUUCCUCGCAAUUCCUCCAAUUCUUCUUCUCUUCUUCCAUUUUCGCGGAAUAAUCGUCUUCUUCUGCUCAAAAUUGCGGUGAAUUUGGGGUUUUAGGGCUCGGAGAGACUUCGGUUGUUGUUGAUUGGCGUGGAAUUUGAGGAAUUAGGGCUUUGGACAGCCAUGUCUUUAGCUCCGAUUGAGCCGCCGUCCGGUGAAUCGUCGGUAGCGUCGUCGGUGUCGGCGUCGUCGAGCUCUCAUUCCGUGUCUCGGGGUUCCGUGGACGAGAAUCGCCGAUUCGACGGGCUUCGAAGCGUGAAGUGGCGUAUAAAUCUCGGGAUUUUGCCGUCGUCUUCCCUCGAUGAUCUUCGCCGUGUUACCGCUGAUUCUCGCCGGAGAUAUGCUAGAUUAAGAAGGCGUCUUCUUGUUGACCCACAUAUUCUAAAGGAAGGCAACAAUUCUUCUGAUGUUGUCAUGGACAAUCCCCUGUCACAAAACCCAGAUAGCACCUGGAGUCGCUUCUUCCGGAAUGCGGAGUUAGAGAAAAUGGUUGAUCAGGAUUUGUCCCGUUUAUACCCAGAACACGGGAGCUACUUCCAGACACCAGGAUGCCAAGGCAUGUUAAGAAGAAUUUUGUUAUUGUGGUGUCUUAGACAUUCAGAGUUUGGUUACAGACAAGGAAUGCAUGAACUCUUGGCUCCUCUUCUAUAUGUUCUUCAUGUUGAUGUGGAGUGUCUUUUACAAGUGCAAAAGCAAUAUGCAGACCACUUCACUGACAAAUUUGAUGAUCUAUCAUUUGAGAACGAUGAUCUUACAUAUAAUUUUGAUUUCAAAAGGUCUCAUGAUUAUAUGGAAGACAAGGUUGCCUCCAAUGACAAUGUGUCAAAAGAACGGAGUCUUGAAGAACUUGAUACUGAGAUUCAAACAAUGAUAUUAUUAACUGAUGCCUAUGGCGCUGAAGGUGAAUUGGGAAUAGUAAUUUCAGAGAAAUUCAUGGAACAUGAUGCUUAUUGCAUGUUUGAUGCUUUGAUGAGUGGGGCCAAUGGUUCAGUUGCCAUGGCAGAGUUCUUCUCCCCACCCCCUGUUGGUGAAUCCCAGUCUGGCUUACCUCCAGUCAUUGAUGCUUCUGCUGCUUUGUAUCAUUUGUUGUCACUCGUUGAUUCUUCUCUGCACAGCCACCUAGUGGAGCUAGGUGUUGAGCCGCAGUAUUUUGCACUCCGCUGGUUGCGAGUCUUAUUUGGACGCGAAUUUUCUCUUGGAAAUCUCUUGAUAAUUUGGGAUGAGAUACUUGCAUCAGAAAAUGGUAAAUUAGAUAAAGUUGGUGAAGAUGAGGGAGACUCUAGUUUUGGGAUCCUAUGUUCUCCUCGAGGAGCAUUUAUCUCAGCCAUGGCAGUUUCCAUGUUACUUUAUCUGAGAUCUUCUCUACUUGCCACUGAGCAUGCUACUCAAUGUCUUCAGAGGUUACUUAAUUUUCCUGAGAAUGUAGACCUAAAUAAAUUGUUGGAGAAGGCCAAGUCUCUGCAGGCUCUUGCAUUGACCACUAAUAUAUCAUCCUCAUCCUCGUAUAGUGGAACUUAUGACAGCAGAUCAAAGGCUUUGAGAGGUCGAAGUGAAUCAUUCGACUCUGUUUCUCCAAACAGUCCAUUGAGCCAGGUAUCUGUAAGUUACUGGGAAGAAAAGUGGAGAGUUCACCUCAGGGAAGAAGAAUUAAGGCAAGGCAGCUUAAAGAAACGUGGUCCAACACAGAAAAAAGGAUGGACAGACAAGGUAAAAUUUGGCCUAUCAAGAACAGAAUCUGACCCAACUCCAGGGAAGAUUGUAAGUGGCACAAGGAACGCUAAGUCAUCUGUUAGACGAAGAUUACUGGAAGAUCUGUCUCGGGAACUUCGCUUGGAGGAAGAUAUUGACACAGCAGUUGGUCAUGAAGUUUCCGGUGACAGGGAAAAAACCCCUGUAGAAGCAGAAGACAAUAGAGAAGAUGUUUUUUUUAAGGUUGUUACCUGCACUGCUGACGAUAGAUGUUUGAGUGGAAACGCCGGAAGUGAAGAAAGCUCAUCAAUAUUCUCAGAUCCAGCAAGUCCUCGCAGUGGGACAAACGAUCAUGAGAAUGAUUCAGAGAAAAGUAGCGUUGCAUCUAAUUUAUUCCACGAUGAAAAUGACGAUCAUGGCCAGAGUAAUGAGGAGACUCUUCCGAAAACGAUUUCUCUUCCCCCUAAUGAUGUCUCUCAAAAAUCUGAAUGCAAAAACGAUCCCGUGGGGAAUUCGACUACAGAGAUAAAGGAGAGAAAGCCUCUCUCAGGUAAAUUCCAGUGGCUUUGGAAGUUUGGAAGAAACCCUGCUGCUGAGGGGACAGCUGAGAAAGGAGGCAAUGCCCUUGAGGCUACAAAGUCUGCCAACGAGGAAAGUAAUUCUAAAACUUCAAGUCCUUCUACAGCUGAUGAAUCUUCUAAUUCUUCAAUUUGCUCAAAAGGAGAUACCGUUGACCAGAAUGUUAUGGGUACUUUGAAGAAUCUUGGCCACUCUAUGCUUGACCAUAUUCAGGUAAUUGAGUCUGUCUUCCAACAAGAUCGGGGCGCUCAAGUUGGAUCAUUGGAGAACUUCUCUAAAAACAUUCUAGGCGGCAAAGGACAAGUUACGGCAGUGGCUGCUCUCAAGGAGCUUCGGAAGAUCAGCAAUCUCUUAUCGGAGAUGUAAGGUGCUAAUUUUUUUAUAUUGAUCUGUAUAUACAUUUUGUAAUAACUUUCUAUUAUUUUUAGUGCCAAAAUAAAUAAGUCUUGUUCCCUCCUUAUCUUAUUCUGAUAGAAUUCAAAUUUUGGCGGUGGUAUUGUUGUAGAGAGAUCAAAUGUAUAGAUACGAGCUUCUGUAAUGAUCUUAAAUCUAAUGCCUAAGUAAAGCCAAAGUUUGUUUAAGAAGCUGAGUUUAGUACGUGUCGGGCACAAAUUUUCUAUUUCCCAUUUACAAACGAUAAUGUUUGUCAUCCACUAAGA